AGGGCAACGCCUGAGACUGGGGACGCGGUGGGGGGCUGCCGCGUCCCCCGGCUCCUCCCUCACGUGCUGCUGUCCCGGGUCCCGCACCGCCCGCGCUGGCGCACCUGGCCGGGAGUCCGGAGCUCCGCCCGCCGCGCCCACAGCCUGGCUGUGGCCGAGUCCUGGCCUCUCCGAGCUCCAGGGCUGUCGGCGACAGCAGCCACCUGCCCAGCAGCGCGGGACGCAGGGAACAGGCUGGGGAGCAGCUGCGAGGCCCUUCGGUCUGGAGGAGCUUCUGGAAGCACAGGUGUGGACCUCAUCACUGCCUGUGACAUCCGGUACUGUGCCCAUGAUGCUUUCUUCCAAGUCAAGGAGGUGGAUGUGGGUUUGGCUGCUGAUGUGGGAACUCUGCAGAGGCUGCCCAAGAUCGUUGGGAACCAGAGCCUGGUCAAUGAGCUGGCCUUCACCUCCCGCAAGAUGAUGGCUGACGAGGCCCUGGGUUGUGGGCUGGUCAGCCGGGUGUUCCCAGACAGGGAAACGAUGCUCGAUGCGGCCUUUGCCCUGGCAGCCGAGAUCGCCAGCAAGAGCCCUGUGGCGGUGCAGGGCACCAAAGUCAACCUGAUCUACUCCCGUGACCAUUCGGUUUCGGAAGGUCUCAACUACAUGAGCUCCUGGAAUAUGGCCAUGCUGCAAACGGAUGACAUCAUGAAGUCUGUCCAGGCCGCGAUGGAGAAGAGGGAUCUUAAGAGUGUCACCUUCUCCAAACUCUGAGAGAGGUCCUUCCAGGGCAGGCCCGGGUUCUGGCCAUGCCCCCACCUGGGGUCUGUGUUCUUUCCUGCAGAGAGAUGGAGGAUUAGUGAAGCUGUUCGCCUCAGUGCCUUCUCCCUCAA